AUGAGCUCACCCAAAAAGCACAUUGCCAAGGUCUAUGAAGUGACGACCAAACACCCCAUAGAUGACAAGCAUGUGCAAAAACUCUUGGCUGGUGUGGUGCUGGACGAUGAUCCCAAACCCGUCAAGGCAGCCGCGGCGGUAAAGGUGUCAGAGCAUCAUUUGCAACUGACUUUGACAGAGGGUAAAUACCACCAAGUCAAACGCAUGGUCGCAGCUGUGGGCAACCGCGUAGAGAGCCUGCACCGUAGCCAAAUCGGGGGUUUGCGAUUGCCCGCAGACUUGGCUGCGGGUCAAUGGCGCUGGUUGCAGCCAGCUGAGCUGGCCGCUUUGGGUCAAUAA